AUGGUCAACGACAACAGCAAUCAGGAGGAAGAAAAUUCAGAAGACCAAACAGAAAGGAAUAGAAAGCAACCCACCAGGAAAGAAAGCAGGAGAAUAACCAAAGGCCAUCCAUCAGGAAAAGCCAAAGUGAAAACGAGCUCAUUACUUAGUCGUCUUGGUUGA